AUGUCUGCAGGACAGAGAAUCUCGUUUGCCAAGGAGAAAUCGCUAUGCUACAAUUGCCUGAAGCUAGGUCACGGGGUCAGAAGAUGCACAUCAACAUUCAACUGCAGACAAUGUAAAGCUCAGCACCAUACUCUAUUGCAUCUGCAAGGUACGCAACACGCAAUUGGCACAAUCGCUCAAACUGGUGAGGAUCAGGAUGAUCCCAACGCGCACAUCUCACCGGUGACUAUUAGUCAUAUAGCACAAACAGAAGGCUCCGCAGCAAUUGUAUGUGCACAAGGCACUGCAAGUGCAACGCAAUCAAAUGGAUGGAACAGAAGCACCCUGCCCACGGCUAUGGUCAACGUUCAAAACGCUAACGGGGAUUUGGUAGCAUGCCUUUUGGACAUAGGCUCAGAACUGUCAUAUGUAUCUGAAGGCUGUGUACACGCACUUGGUUUGGCUCGUACGCCAUCCCGCAUAUUGGUCACUGGAAUUUCAUCGAUUAAAGCAGACACAACAAGGGGAUGCAGCACCCUACGCAUCCAAUCCCGUAUAUCAGAGGAUCAACUGGUAGUCCAGGCUCACGUGGUUGGAAAGAUCACCUCAUCAUUGGAAAGGCAGAGCAUCGACGCGUCUGCACUACAAGUCUUCAACGAUCUACAACUAGCAGAUUCACAAUUCAGUACAAGUGGCCCAGUCGAUAUUCUUUUGGGCAGCGAGCAUGUUUGGAGUGCUAUUACUGGGAGAAAGAUAUUUGACAACAAAGGCAAGCUAAUCGCUAUUUCGUCAAUUUUUGGAUGGGUGAUCACAUCACUGUUUGCACCACGGGCGAGCAACACUAUGGCCCUCACAACAACAGUCGACAUUGAUGCCACUCUCAGACGAUUCUGGGAGCUGGAAAGCAUUCAUCGCAAGGCAGAAGUUCAACCUGAGGACAAAGAGGUCGAGGAGCACUUUCUCAACACCCACGCUCGGGACGAUAAUGGCAAAUACAUCGUGGAGCUUCCUUUUACAUCAUCAGCUCCUGAAUUUGCAGACACCCUUCAAGGAGCCUUACAGCGGUUCAAAUCGGUUGAACGCCGUUUAUCACAAAAUCAUCAGCUACGUAAGGAUUACGUAAACUUCAUGAGGGAAUAUCAAAGUCUAGGACACAUGCGAGAAAUCUCACCGAGCGAAAUUCCCAACGAAAGGAGUUUCUAUCUACCUCAUCAUCCUGAAUUGGGUCGGAAACUCAGAGUAGUCUUCGACGGCUCAUACCGGGACGCCAAAGGCAAGGCGUUAAACGACACACUCUCGAUCGGACCCAGUAUUCAGCGAGACCUGUUUGCUGUGUGCCUGCGGUUCCGUAUGCACAAAUACGUAUUUUCAGCGGACAUAGUCAAAAUGUUCCGUCAAAUCUGGGUGAGCGAAAAACAUAGAAACUUUCAGAGAAUCGUAUGGCGAGAGGAUCCAUCAGAUCCCAUCAAGCACUUUCAACUUUGUACGGUGACGUAUGGAACAUUAUGCGCACCAUUCCUAGCAGUUCGAGUACUGGAACAACUGGCUGCUGACCACCAGAAGGAGUUUCCAACUGCGGCAAAAAUCUUGAUGGAAGACUUCUAUGUGGAUGACGUUCUCACUGGAUCCAAUAGUGAGGAUGAGCUGCAACGCAAUCGGGACGAACUCGUCCAACUGAUGUCCUGUGCUAAGCUAGAGCUCGGGAAGUGGGUAUUGAAUACCAAAUACAUUGUAUCGGAGGAUAACAAGGAUUCCUCACACUCAUCAGUAAAGGUUCUAGGGCUGCAUUGGCACCCUAAGAAGGACACAUUGUCGUACAAUGUGAAUCUAGCAAAGAGUCCAUGCUGCACCAAGAGGCAAGUGUUGUCGGAUGUGUCACGCAUAUUCGACCCUCUCGGUCUAUUAGCACCAACCGUAGUUAUAUUCAAAAUACUAUUUCAAAAACUGUGGCUGUUGAAUUUGAAUUGGGACGACGAACUUCCGAAAAAGUUAACCGACAAGUGGCUCAAAUGGCGAGCAGAUUUAGAAAACCUACCACAACUCCAGAUACCACGCUUGGCCGAGAGCGACACCGACAAGAUCGAAUUGCACGGAUUUUCAGACGCAUCCACGAAAGCAUACUCAGCCGUAGUGUACAGCCGAAUGGUUAAGGAAGAUGGAACCAUUUCGGUAGCCAUACUUGCAGCAAAGACAAGGGUGGCACCUUUAAAACAACAAUCUCUGCCACGCCUGGAACUGUGCGGUGCACUUCUUCUGAGCCAACUUUUGCAAUCCAUCAAGGCUGGAUUAAAGCACAAGGAUGUGACUAUCUAUGCAUGGAGCGACUCCACAAUAGUCCUAUCAUGGCUAGCGUACUCACCAGCCCAACUAAAGACGUUUGUUGGGAACCGCACCGCCGAGAUCUUGGAAACCAUACCUAAGCAUGCAUGGCGGCAUGUGGACUCAAAAUCGAACCCAGCGGAUUGUGCAUCCCGAGGCUUGGGAGUAUCCGAGCUCAUUGACUUCCAAUUGUGGUGGAAGGGUCCGUCAUGGCUGAGGGACCAGGAUCAAUUUUUGGUAAAGUUGAACAAUUCACACAACUGUUGUUCACCUUCAGACAAACGCAUACAAAGUGAGAUCAAAGCUAACUGCCUUGCUGCGCAGGUAAUUGUCACAACGGACAAUCCUUUGGAUAAGCUUCUAAAUCGCAACUCAUCUUGGCUGAGGCUUAUACACACGCUCGGUUAUGUUUUGCGAUUCAUUCAUCGCAUGAAACACCCGUCUUCAAAACGAACAUCAACGGCUCUCACCUUUGACGAGAUCAAGUCGGCCAGAAUUCGAUGGCUGCAACACGCUCAAGCUGGUUUUCAACAGGACUUCCAGCUACUACUCGCUAACAAGCCUCUAGGAAACCAAUCAAAAUUGGUAAAGCUAUCACCGUUCAUCGACAAGGACAAUCUGCUCAGAGUGGGAGGACGAAUCCAACACUCACAGUUGUCGGCAGAGGCAAAACAUCCCAUUUUGCUUCCAAAGGCUCAUCGGAUCACCCUCCUAAUAAUAGAACAUGAGCACCGAGUCAACCUGCAUCCUGGAGUCUCAUCUCUCUUCGUCAUUGUCCGGCAACGAUAUUGGAUUUUCGGCGCACGGAACCUGAUACGCAAAAUCACACACAACUGUUUGGCGUGCUUUCGACAGAGACAACAUACAAUGCAUCAACGUAUGGCAGAUCUACCCAGCGUACGUAUAACGCAAGCACUGCCAUUCGUAAACACUGGAUGCGACUAUGCAGGACCAAUUCUUCUGAAGGACGCUAAGGUGCGCAAGCCGCGCAUCAGCAAGGAAUACAUAUGCCUAUUUGUAUGUAUGGUUACAUCGGCGAUCCAUCUAGAACUCGCCACCGACUUAUCCACGGAAACAUUUCUGGCGGCAUUGAGACGAUUUUUCUCAAUACGAGGCAAAUGUACACGCAUGUACAGCGACAACGGAACAAAUUUCAUCGGAGCCAGGCGAUCCCUGGAUGAAAUGCAGCAGCUACUGAACUCAACACAACACAAGGAUCACGUAGCGAACUCACUAGCAGACGAAGGUAUCCAAUGGACCUUUAUCCCACCUCGUGCUCCACAUUGGGGAGGAAAGUGGGAAUCAGCAGUUCGAUGUGUUAAACUGUAUCUUCGACGAGUCAUUGGCAGCAGCACACUAACACAUGAGCAAAUGCGCACCUUGCUGCCGCAGAUCAGUGCGAUGGUCAACUCACGACCCUUAUGCUACACGUCGGAUACAGAUAGCAGCUAUCUGUCACCAGCCCAUUUCCUGAUCGGGCGACCAUUUACGACGAUCCCGGAGGCGGAUCUUGGCCACAUUCCUGUGGGCCGUUUGGGAUACUGGCAGAGUAUCCAAUCAAUGUACCAACGCUUCUGGAAACAAUGGCACCAGGAGUACCUGACUAGUCUUCAGCUGCGACCAAAGUGGACCAAGGAAACCCCCAACAUCAAGAUCGGCAGCGUUGUGCUCGUCAAGGAGUCCAACACACCACCAGCAUCAUGGCACCUGGCGAGGGUGAUCGAAACCUACCCAGGAAAGGACAACGUCGUGCGAGCAGUAAGGCUCAAGAUGGCAACAGGAGAAUUGACCCGGCAAUAA